AUGGGAAAUUGGGAAUGGCAGUUGGCCCAAGGAGAAGAAAAGGUUGUCUCAGGGAACAAUAAAGAAUGGCUUUCUUCUCACCAGGCUUGGGCCGAGGACGUUGUUAUCUGCUUCACAGACGGAUCAUGGCAUGAGGACAAGUCCCUUGCCGGUUUUGGGAUGGGUAUUUCAAAAGAAAGAGUCACCAUAUGCAAACUUUGA